AACGAUAACGAUAACGCUACCGAUUAACGAUAACAGCAGCUGCAGCAUCCGAAGAUGCCACAGUUGAGGGCCGCUGCCGCUGAGGCGGCCGCUGCUGGCGGGGUCGGCGCCCAGCCGCUGGUCAAGAUUGGCCACUAUCUGCUCGGCGCGACACUGGGCACCGGCACCUUCGGCAAGGUGAAGAUCGGCGAGCAUCAGAUCACACGGCUGAAGGUCGCCGUCAAGAUACUCAAUCGCCAGAAGAUCAAGAGUCUUGAUGUUGUCUCCAAAAUCAAGCGAGAGAUACAAAAUCUGAAGCUCUUCCGCCAUCCGCACAUCAUCAAGCUGUACCAGGUCAUCUCGACGCCCUCGGACAUAUUCAUGAUAAUGGAGUAUGUGAGCGGCGGAGAGCUGUUCGAUUAUAUUGUGAAGCAUGGGAAGCUGCAGGAGCAUCAGGCACGUCGCUUCUUCCAGCAGAUCAUAUCGGGCGUGGACUAUUGCCACAGGCAUAUGAUUGUCCAUCGUGAUCUGAAGCCGGAGAAUCUGCUGCUCGAUCACAAUAUGCACGUAAAGAUCGCCGACUUUGGGCUGUCGAACAUGAUGCUCGACGGUGAAUUCUUGCGCACAUCGUGCGGCUCACCCAACUAUGCGGCGCCCGAGGUGAUAUCGGGCAAAUUGUAUGCUGGUCCCGAGGUGGAUAUCUGGUCAUGCGGCGUCAUACUGUAUGCCCUGCUCUGCGGCACGCUGCCGUUCGAUGAUGAGCAUGUGCCUUCGCUGUUUCGCAAAAUCAAAUCGGGCAUCUUUCCCAUACCGGAGUAUCUGAACAAGCAGGUCGUCAAUUUGGUGUGCCAGAUGCUGCAGGUGGAUCCGCUGAAGCGUGCCACCAUUGAGGAGAUCAAGAAGCACGAGUGGUUCCAAAAGGAUUUGCCCGCCUAUCUGUUUCCCUCCUCCAUCGAGCAGGACUCCAAUGUCAUCGAUACGUACGCCGUGGCCGAGGUCUGCACCAAGUUCGGCGUCAAGGAGUCCGAGGUGCACAAUUCCCUACUAAGCGGCGAUCCGCACGAUCAGCUGGCCAUUGCCUAUCAUCUGAUCAUUGACAACAAACGCUUCGCGGACGAUGCGGCCACACAGAUUAGCGAGAUCAACAACUUUUUUGUCGCCGGCUCACCGCCGCCGCCCAUGUCCCAUUCACCGCACGAGCCGCGCUCCAGCGGCGCCGAGCCCUCGGCCACGGUUAUUGUGGGUGCAGGUGCUUCUGGCGCCGGCGGCGGCGGCAGCGGAGGCACUGCAGCCAGCUCGGGCAGCGCCACGCCCAGCGGCGUAGCGAGCAACGCUGCGCCAAGCAUACGACCACAUCCGGAGCGCAUAGCGCCGAUGCGCGAACGCCAGCUGGCCAUGUCCGUGCAGAAUACGGGCGGCGCCGCUUUUCCCGAGAAGACGGCGCGCGGCGGCACGCCAAUCAAACGGGCCAAAUGGCAUCUGGGCAUACGAUCGCAGAGCAAGCCGAACGACAUCAUGCUGGAGGUAUAUCGGGCCAUGAAGGCGCUCAACUACGAGUGGAAGAUCAUCAAUCCGUAUCAUGUGCGCGUCCGGCGACAGAACGUGAAGACCGGUAAAUUUUCGAAAAUGUCGCUGCAGCUCUACCAGGUGGAUCCCAAGAGCUAUCUGCUUGACUUCAAGUCGCUGACCAACGACGAGGUCGAGCAGGGCGACGAUGUCAUCAUGGAGAGCCUCACCCCGCCCCCGUUGAGCGCCAGCGGUGCCAUGCCCCUCCAGCCGACGGGCCAUCAUACGAUGGAGUUCUUUGAGAUGUGCGCGGCGCUCAUCAUACAGCUGGCGCGCUAAACCCAACGCCUCAACCAAAAUAGCAACAACAACAGCAGCAACAAUAAUGCCACCCCCUUUUUAAAUUCUGCAUACGCACGCCCAUGGCAUGGCGUCCAAAUGAGACAGAAAGUGGACAACACCAGCUGCACUCCAACCGAUUUGGACGCUUUGUCGUGUUAAUAUUAUUCUUAUUAUUAUUACUAUACUAAUUCUUAUUAUUAUAUAUAUAUAUAUACACACCCCCUCCUCCACCGCGCACUUCCCCCUCCGAAUCCUGCAAACCUAGCAAAUUGUUGAGCAAAGAUCACAUUUUCUGUAGUUGUUUCAAUUGUGUUGCUACAAACUUUUGUUGUCCAUUUUGUUUUUGUGUGUGUUUGAAUCCUUGAUAUUGAUUUGUUUUUUUCCCCCCAUUUGUAAUAUUUUACAUUAUUUUAUAUUAUGAUAAUUAUUGUAUUUUUGCCAAAACGCAAGUCAAAACAAAUUGUAUUUAAUAUGAUUACAUGAAGUUGCAAUAAUUCCCUUUAACACAAUUUAUUAUGAUUUUUUAGCCCUCCUCGAUAUACAAAUAUGUAUUUUUUUUUUUAAAGGCCGUUGCUUUUUACGCCUCUUGUUGAAACAUUUUUACUUUUAUUUUUUGUUUUCCACAUUUUUUUUUAUUAAUAUAUAUAUAUAUAUAUGGUAUAAGGCAUAGCUAAAUUACAAAGCUUGCGGCAAACAAAUUCGUUAUUUGAACUGUAACAAGACAAAAAGUGGAACUAAAUAUACAAUAUAUCCAAAUAUAUAUAUAUAUAUAUAUGAUACAUAUAUAUAUAUAUAUAUAUACAAACAUCGAGUUGCCAGCAAAACUUGUAACAAUUUGUUUCUCUACAUACGCUAAACGCAGCUAAGGAUAGGGGUAUAUAUAAUAUAUAUAUAUUCGCGAUCUCGAGACUUGAAAUUUGAAAUAGAUAUUGUCACCAUAUAACCCAUAGACCGUGAUAUAAAUAAAUUCGAAAAAUGCCCGAGUUAGAUACAGAUUCGUGUGAAGAUAGAUUUAGACUAAUUCACUUUCUAGAUAUCUCCAGGCAUAACCAACCAAAUUAAACAAAUAUAACAGCAAAGCGAAUUCCUAAAGGCAGAGCCUUGGACCUUGGUCUAACAAAUUUAAGACCUAAAAGUUUGCCUAAUAUUCUACUAUAAAAAUCAAAGUUAAUCAAGAUAUGAAGCUCAAAGGAAGCAACAGAGAAUCAUAUAACGUAAGCUCUUUAUAUAUUUGGCAUACAAUUGCAAUAUUUGAAUAUGUUUAAUAACAAUAAAUUCUUUGCUAACGCGACAGUUUAUUAUUACAAA